GGGGAAGUGUGUGACGCUACAAAGGUUUCAAUUGCUCAAUAGGUGAGCAGAACGAAUUUGGCUCUUUCUUGGUAGGCCAAUCACAGUAUACAGUCGCGCUCAUUGUCGAUUAUAUGAGUAUUUCAGCUUGCUUGUUGUUUCUCAUCAAUACUACCUGCACCGAGUUGUGAUUUUCGAGGGAACAUUUAAAUCAUUAUUCGUAUCUAUGAUUAGCUUCAAACUGCAUGGUUUUUGAUAGCGUUUUGAUCUGUAUCUGGAGUUCUUUGCGUUGUUUUGCGAUGUUAGAUGGAGUAAAGGAUUUUACAGUUAGUUCAACACUUCAGAAAAAUUUCAAAGAGUUUGGAAAGGCUCACUUAUUUGACAAACUUCCUGAAACUUGUUGGCAUUCGGAUUGCGGCAGUCCGCAGUGGAUUCUCUUGGUUCUGGAUAACAUUCGUCGCCUGACUUCACUGAAAAUACAGUUUCAAGGAGGAUUUUCAAGUCCUGAAGUUAAAAUCGAAGGGUGGAGUGACGAUGAACAGAGCAAGUGUGAGUGUUUAGUUUUUCCUGAAGAUAAUAAUUCAGUUCAAACAUUUGACAUCCCACUACUUAAAGGAUGUUCAAGCUAUCGUUUCGUUUUUAACAAGUCUUCAGAUCUGUUUGGUCGCAUUGUGGUAUAUGAACUAGAACCUUUCUUUGAGUAAAUAAUGUCUUUUUCAGUACUUUCCCGAAUAUAUCCCGAUGGUUCCUUCUGUA